AUGCGUUCUUUCACAUCUCUGGCUGUUCUUAGCCUGCUGACUCUCUCCUACGCCGCUCCAGCACCUGCCCCCGUGGCAGUGUCGGCCCCUGAGAUCACACCCGCCCCAACAGUCGAUGAUAUUUCCACUGCGACGCUUGAGGAGCGACAACUUCUCCCAAACCUACUCAAAGUUGUGAUCGGUAUUGUGGCCGGUGCUCUCAAGGAUGUGAACGGUGCUGUCGCUGCUGGCAACCCAUCAGCCUGCAGUUCCGCAUUGGUCAAGAUUCAACCCACAGCAAUGCCAACAAACAUCCAACAAGUGCUUGCCAAGCAGUCCUCUAUCUGGGCGUCGCCGACACGAACUGACAUCUAUGGCGGUAUUGCCACACAAGUCGCCAAUGGCCUGGGACCUAUUCUCGAUGGCACCAUCAGCACUGCCCUCCAGGACGCACUUCCCGUAGGUGAGAACAGUGUAAGCAACAACAACAAAGUAGUCUCGGGUCUCUACCCCAGUAAACCCCAGACAACCGAUGCACCCUACUCUGUCUCCGAGGCCGCUCUCCGCGCAGCCAUUUACUUCCCCCCUGGCUACACAUACGGCACGAAGACGCCCGUCCUCUUCGUCCCCGGAACAGGCUCGUACGGCGGUAGCAACUUCGCAAACAACCUCCGCAAGCUGCUCACCGGCCAGUCCUACGCGGACCCUGUGUGGGUAAACGUUCCAGGCGUCAUGCUGGGCGAUGCGCAGAUCAACUCAGAGUACAUUGCCUACGCUAUCAACUACGUCUCAGCCGUGAGCCAGAGCAAGAAGAUCGCCGUCAUCUCGUGGUCGCAGGGCGGGCUAGACACGCAAUGGGUGCUGAAGUACUGGCCCAGCACGCGUGAAAUCGUGCAAGACUUCCUCCCCGUAUCGCCCGACUUCGCGGGCACCGUCUUCGCAAACGCCCUCUGCCUCCGCGGAAACAGCAGUCUGGGCCUCUUGCCCUGCGACCCCAGCGUCAUUCAGCAGCAGCACAGUUCCAACUACGUCAACCAGCUGCGCCAGAACGGCGGGGCCAGCGCCUUUGUCCCCACGACGACGUUCUACUCGGGCUUGUUUGACGAGAUCGUAGAGCCGCAGCAAGGAGACGCCGCAUCUGCCUUCCUCGGCUCCGGGAAUGGUGUUCCUGUCUCCAAUAACGAGGUUCAGGCUGUGUGUGCCCUUCAGGCCGGAGGUAGUUUCUACGGCCACGCGGGCGUGCUGUUCCACCCGCUCACGUACGCGCUGAUCGUCGAUGCGCUGACGCACCCGGGUACCACUGGGCAAAUCAGUCGCAUCGACAGGCAAAGCGUGUGUGCCGACUAUGCGGCGCCAGGGCUGGAUCUGGAUGAUGUGCUUGCAACGAUUGGGUUGAUUCCCGUCUCGGGCGUGGUGCUGUUGGGCAGCCCGCAGAAGCAGCGCAUGGAGCCUGCGUUGAAAGGCUAUGCUACUUACUAA